AUGGCAACCGAAAUUUUUUUCAUCACUCUCAAACCUUUUCUUGAUGGCUCAAAUUACAAAGUUUGGAAAUAUAUGAUGGAAAAUUAUCUUGAUAUGCAAGGGGUUGAUCUAUGGAGUGUAUUUCUAAGGGGAUGGACACCUCCAUGUGACAAAAAUGGAGCUCUUUUGAAGAGACAAGAUUGGUCUAUAGAGCAAGUCAAGGAGAAUGGCAUGAAUAGAAAAGCCAUUACUACUCUCCUCUCCUCAAUCUCUAGAGAAGAACAAGGUAGAAUUCAACACUUGAAUUGUGCCAAGCAAAUGUGGGAGACUCUUGAGAGCUACUAUGAAGGUACACAACAAGUCAAGAGUAAGAAGCUUGAGUUGCUUCUUGGUGAGUAUGAAGGCUUCAAGGGCUUGCCAAAUGAAGAUGUGGGGAUGAUGACAUCAAGGCUUCUUAAGAUUGUUCAUAGUCUUGAGCAACUUGGGAAAUUCUUCAAGCUAAAUGAAAUCAAUGGUAAAAUCCUAAGAUCCCUUCCUAUUCUUCUAUGGCAACCUAAGACUAUCGCCAUCAUUGAAACUCAUGAUUUAUCCACCUUGAGGACGGAUGAGUUGAUUGGAAAGCUUCUUCUCCAUGAGAUGUCUUACAUCAAGAUUAUUCAAGAAGAAAUGGCAAGGGAGAAGAACAUGGCUUUCAAGGCAUCAACAAGUACUCUUUUAGAAGAGAACAAGAAGGAAAGCAACGAGGAAGAACUCUUGAGGCUCACAAAGAGAGUGAAUGAGCUCAAGAUGAAGGGAAAUGGCAAUCAUGGUAGAUCCUCCUCUUCAAGGAAGAGUUCAAAGGGGGGUUCCAAGACUUUUUGGGAUGGUGAUUCUCAAUCGGAUGGUGAUAGCCACCAUGAUGCCAACUUGUGCCUCAUGUCUUUUGAGGAGGAACCAACACUAGAGGUAAACCCCCAAUCUUUUCUAUCUUGGGAUGCCAAGAUGCUAUUUUUCAAAAAUGAGGCUUCUAAAGCCAAAGAUGAAAUGAUUGUUUUAACAAAAGAAUUUCAUGAGCUUAAAUUGUCAAAUGAAGCUCUCAAGUCAUCUUUAGAAUCUAUCCCUAAGCAAGAUUCACUUUCAAGAUUUCAAAAAGGGAAGGCAACUUUGGAUUCAAUUCUUGUAUCUCAAAGAUGCCCAACCAUAAAAUAUGGACUUGGCUAUAAUCAAAAGGCUUCUAGUUCCAAUGGGACUAAAUUUGUGAAGUCCAUUUUGCCUCAAACUUCUUCUAUAGAAGUUCCUCCUAAAUUGGUCAAACCAAUUGAGGCAAAGAAGGUGCAUGCUCAAGCUCCUAGGCCUAAGCCAUUCUUGGCUCAAAAGGCUAAGAGCAACAAGGGUACAAGACCCUUGAGACAUGGCUAUGCUUCUCAAUAUAGUCAAAAAUGGAACAAGAAGACUAGAAAGAACUCACAUGUUCAUGCAUCUUCAAAUGUCAAUUCUUGUGUACAUGCUUGUGCUUGUUCUUAUGAGACCAUUAGAACCAAGCCACCUCAAAAGCAAUCAAAUGUGAACCAUAGAACUCAAUGUUUUUAUUGCAUGCAAUAUGGUCACAUUAAUGUUCAUUGCUAUGUGAGAAAAGUUCAAUUAAGGCUAAUCCCUUUGAACUAUUCAAGCAUUAACUUUCAAGGACCCAAAGUUGUUUGGGUACCUAAGUGA